AUGCUGCUUGAUAAAGACUCCGACGUCAACGCGCCGGGUGUACGCUAUGGCAAUGCACUCCAGACAGCUUCAUACAGAGGUCACGAGCAAGUGGUCAAGACGCUGCUCGACAGAGACGCCGACGUCAACGCGCAGGGAGGAGACUACGGCAAUGCACUCCAGGCAGCUUCAGCUGGAUGCCACAAGCAGGUGGUCAAGACGCUGCUUGAUAAAGGCGCCGACGUCAACGCGCAGGGUGGACGC